AUUUUCUUGUUUUGUCGUUUACUUGCAAACAGAAAUAAAAUUAACGCUGUUUUGGUAUUUUUUGCAGGCAAAGUGGUGUGUGCGGCGUGCGGCGGAAAGUGCAGCGGUGAGGUGCUGCGCGUGUCCGACAAGUACUUCCACACGGCCUGCUUCACGUGCCGCACGUGCUCGGCGUCGCUCGCGCGCGGCGGCUUCUUCUGCAAGGACGGCCACUACUACUGCCCGCAGGACUACCAGCGUGCUUUCGGCACGCGCUGCGCCGCCUGCCGCCAGUAUGUCGAGGGCGAGGUCGUCUCCGCGCUCGGCAACACCUACCAUCAGAAGUGCUUCACAUGCGCCAGAUGCAAACGUGCGUUCCCAUCCGGUGAGAAAGUGACAUACACGGGCGCCGAAGUCGUUUGUUCCGCGUGCGUGUCAGCGCCUCAGCGGCAGACGGCGCGAACAGCCGCGCCCGCCGCUGCGCCCGCGCCAGCGCCCGCACCCCUUGCGCCCGUUAACGCAGCGCCGCUCGGCUCUCCGCCGCGCGAACAUGCCAUCGACCACGACCGCCAGCCCGACCAGAAUGAAUGCGCCGGCUGCGGUCAGGAGUUGUCAGAAGGACAAGCUCUGGUGGCACUGGAUAGACAGUGGCACACAUGGUGCUUCGCGUGCGGCGAGUGUGGCGCCGUGCUGCAGGGCGAGUACAUGGGCCGCGAGGGCGUGCCGUACUGCGAGCGCGACUACCAGCGGCUGUACGGCGUGCGCUGCGCGUACUGCCAGCGCUACAUCUCCGGCAAGGUGCUGCAGGCGGGCGACAACCACCACUUCCACCCGACCUGCGCGCGCUGCUCCAAGUGCGGCGACCCGUUCGGCGACGGCGAGGAGAUGUUCCUGCAGGGCGCCGCCAUCUGGCACCCGCGCUGCGGGCCUGCGCCGCACGACCCGCACGACCACACCGACGCCUCCGAGCACGACACGCUCGCGCACGACCGCGCCUCCGCCGAGCUCCAGUUCUCGCUGCGGUCGCGCACGCCCAGUGUCAACGGCUCCUACUGCAGCCCCUACAGUAGCCUCACCAGGAAGUACGGCUACCGCGCGGUGUCGCCGGGGCUGGUGCUGCGCGAGUACCGCGAGGCGGGCGCGGUGAGUCCGCACCGCAUCACCACCUACUCGUACCUCACCACCGAGCCCGCGUACCUGCGCCGCCCGCUGCAGCCGUACGACCGCCCGCCCACAUCGCCGCACUUCCAUCGUCCGCCAUCGUCAGCGAGCACGCGCGCGUCGUCCCGCGCGGGCAGCAAGGCGUCGUCGCGGCCCGGCAUGCGCGCGCUCGUCGACUCCAUCCGCAGCGAGACGCCGCGCCCCAAGUCGCCGCACAUGAACAACGAGGUGAACCACAUCACCGAACACGCACAAGAACCCAUCGAGCUGUCGCACUACCCGUCCGCGUACAAGCCCCCGCCCGGCACGAAGCCGAAGAUCGAGCGCGAUGAUUUCCCCGCGCCGCCAUACCCCUACACAGAUCCAGAGCGCAGGCGGCGUUGGUCAGACACGUACAAGGGCGUGCAGGAUAGUGAUGACGAGCCUGACCAGGUGAACGGCGCCGUCAACGGCAACGGAGACAUCGACCCAAAACUACGUCGCGAGGAACAGGAACUCGCCAAGAUCGAAACUGGAAUUGCACAGGUAUUCCUCAAAGAAGUAAAGGAACGUGAAAAAUUGCAACAGUGGAAAAAACAAAAUUUAGAUCCGAGAAAUGCAAGCAGGACGCCGUCAGCGGCGCGCGAGGCGAUGCCGCGGCUGCGCUACUCGUCGCCGGUGGGCGCGUCGCCGUCGCGCACGCUGGACCGCGCGCGCCUCGCCAGCGACGGCGCGCCGCCCGCGCACGCGCCGCACCCCGCGCACGCCUCGCACUCGCACAUACCCACCUACAACGGUAACCACUACACUUCAUAUUAUAACUACUUCAAAUGUACUACAUUACGCUAAACUAUCUUUUAGUGCAUUUUAUAAUGUGAAAACUAAUCCGUUAUGUCACCCAGUGAACUACAACCUUUACAAAUUGAAAUCUCAUUUGGGCAUUGAAUGAGAACUGGGACAUAAAAAUUUACGGUGAUCGGUAGUUCCUGUCAAGCAACUCCGUUCCUUCGUCAUAUUGUUUAAAUAUUAAAGGCACUUGCAAUGGCUUUUGCGUGUACCAUAGCAGACUAAUGUUUGUUAAUAUACCUCUACUGGUCAAUAAUCAUUAUUAUAACGUAAUCAAGCCUUUCACUAUAUGAAUAUAUAUACAUUAUUAUUGAACAGUAAACAAAUAUAAAAAAAGAUACAAUCGUAAAUAUAUGUCAAUAAUGUUCAUGAAAAUCCACUUAUAUCGUCUAAUAACCAGUAUACAUAACAAUUGGUACCAUCGAUUUAAAUGAACAAUUACAACAAUUUAAAAUAUUAUUUAUGGAUAUUAAUUCCGAAAAUAUUCCAUAUAACUUUAUCGAUAACAUUGGACGAUGUAAGUUGACUCGUACAAUUA